AUGAGUAAUAACGAUGGAGAUGUAAUUGAUUUAACUGAGUCUUUUACGUUGAGUGAUCAUUGUUGUCUUGCUGAUCAAAUAAUAGAGAUAGACACUGAUGAAUCGUUUAGUACAAUUAUUAUAGAAAGUACGAAUGAUUUGCAAUCCGCGAAAAAGUCAAAAAAAAGUCGGGAAUCCACGCCAAGGGAAUUAAAUGUGACCAAAUCUGAUACCAGAAAAUCGAGCAGAUUUGGUAAUUGCCCUAUUUGUUGGGAAGAACUGGGUAAAAACCCAUUAGCUUCGACGAAAUGUGGUCAUGUUUAUUGUUUAAUAUGCCUUGAACGAAAUUUGUGCAUAGAAAAAAAGUGUCCUACAUGUCGGAAGCCAUUAAAAGGCUCUUCUGCAUAUCAUCCUCUAUAUAUUUAA